AGCCCAGCCCAGCCGGCGUAGAGCCCCAGGAUUGAGUAACUUGGCGCAGCGGCGGCGUCUCUUCUCUUUGGCAGCGGCCGCGGCGGCAUCGCGGCAUCACCGCGGCAUCACCGCAUCGCGGAGGAUUCUAGCAGCCCGCGCCGGCAUCCUCGGCUUCUCAGCUCCUCGGCCACCAGCGGCAGCGGCUGCAGCUCCAGCCAUGAGCACGAGGUUGCCAGGGGUCCUCAGACAGCUCCGCUGGGCGCAGCAGCCCCCGGCCCCUCGCGCUCCCCAAGGCUGCCGGCCGGGCAUUGCCGCGCGGCGACCGUUUCCUCCCUGGGGGAGCAUCCAGGUGCCCUGCCGGGCUGGAAGCAGCGGCGGCGGCAGCGCGGGCGAGGGCCUGCUCGGGCAGCGGCGGCUGCAGGAGCUGCCGAGCGGGAGCAGCGGCCGCGCGGGCGGGAAAGCGCCGCUGAAGCCGGACGCCAUGGUCAGAGAAAUAAUUCAGAAUUCAAAAGAAGUUCUGAGUUUAUUGCAAAAAGGAAGCCCAGCCUUUAAGCCGGUUCUUGCAGUUGUCCAGGCAGGUGAUGAUAACUGGAUGCAGGAGAUAAACCAGAACUUGGCAGAAGAGGCUGGUCUGAACAUUACUCAUGUUUGCCUGCCUCCUAACAGCAGUGAAGAUGAGAUUAUAGAUGAAAUCUUGAAGCUUAAUGGAGAUGCUAGGAUUCACGGUCUUGCUCUUCAGCUCUCCCUCAGCUCAUUUAGCAACAAGAUACUGAAUGCUUUGAAACCAGACAAAGAUGUGGAUGGGGUGACAGAUGUAAACCUGGGGAAAUUGGUACGCGGAGAUGCCCAUGAAUGUUUUGUUUCACCCACUGCCAGAGCUGUGAUUGAACUUCUUGAGAAAUCAGAUUUCAUCAUAGAUGGGAAGAAGGUGCUGGUGGUAGGGGCCCAUGGGCCUUUGGAAGCUGCCCUGCAGUGCCUGUUCCAGAGGAAAGGAGCCAUGACAAUGACCUGCCCAUGGAAGACUCCUCAGCUUCAAAGCAAGCUUAAUGAAGCUGAAAUUGUGGUGAUAGGCUCUCCUAAGCCAGAUGAAAUUCCACUUAGUUGGAUACAACCAGGGACUACAAUUCUCAACUGUUCCCACAACUUUCUGUCAGGGAAGCAUGAAUAUGAUGUUCAAUUCAAUGGCCUGACUGUAGAAGAUGAUGUAGGUCUCCUUGCUGCAGCCCUGAGGAUUCAGAAUGUGGUUAACAGUGGGAGGAGGUGGCUUCGGGAGCAGCAGUACAGGAGGUGGAAGCUUCGUAGUUUGAAGCUUCAGCCACUCUCACCAGUCCCCAGUGAUAUUGAGAUUUCCAGAGGACAGACUCCAAAAGCUGUUGAUGUCCUUGCCAAGGAGAUAGGAUUGCUUGCAGAUGAAAUUGAAAUCUAUGGCCAAAGCAAAGCCAAAGUACGCUUGUCCCUGCUAGAGAGGCUAAAAGAUCAAGCAGAUGGAAAAUACAUCUUAGUUGCUGGGAUCACCCCUACGCCCCUGGGAGAAGGCAAAAGCACAGUCACUGUUGGGCUUGUUCAAGCCCUGACCGCACACCUGCAUGUUAAUUCCUUUGCUUGUCUGAGGCAGCCUUCACAAGGACCUACUUUUGGUGUUAAAGGUGGAGCUGCAGGUGGUGGAUAUGCUCAGGUCAUCCCCAUGGAAGAGUUCAAUCUUCACUUGACUGGUGACAUUCAUGCCAUUACUGCUGCUAAUAAUUUGCUGGCUGCUGCUAUCGAUGCCCGGAUUUUACAUGAAAGUACUCAGACUCAUAAGGCGCUGUUUAAUCGAUUGGUGCCAUUAGUGAAUGGCGUGAGAGAGUUUUCAGGCAUUCAGCUCAGUCGCUUGAAAAAACUAGGAAUAAAUAAGACUGAUCCAAGCACACUGACAGAAGAGGAAAUGACCAGAUUUGCCCGGCUUGACAUUGACCCAUCUACCAUCACGUGGCAGAGAGUUUUGGACACAAAUGAUCGAUUUCUACGAAAAAUAACCAUUGGGCAGGCUAAGACAGAGAAAGGAUUCUUUCGUCAGGCCCAGUUUGACAUUGCUGUUGCAAGUGAGAUCAUGGCUGUUUUGGCGCUAACAGAUGGCCUGGAAGAUAUGAAAAACCGCCUGGGGAGAAUGGUGGUGGCCAGUGACAAAAAAGGACAGCCUGUAACUGCCGAUGAUUUGGGAGUGACUGGAGCUUUGGCUGUUUUGAUGAAGGAUGCAAUUAAGCCAACUCUGAUGCAGACCUUAGAGGGAACACCUGUGUUUGUUCAUGCUGGCCCCUUUGCUAACAUUGCUCAUGGCAACUCUUCGGUAUUGGCUGAUAAAAUUGCACUGAAACUCGUUGGUGGAGAAGGUUUUGUGGUCACAGAAGCUGGUUUUGGAGCUGAUAUUGGCAUGGAGAAAUUCUUCAAUAUCAAGUGUAGAGCUUCUGGCUUAGUUCCCAAUGUAGUGGUUCUGGUCGCAACAGUGAGGGCAUUGAAGAUGCAUGGAGGUGGCCCAAGUGUGGCUGCUGGUAUCCCUCUUAAGAAAGAAUAUACAGAAGAGAACCUUCAGCUGGUAGCUGAUGGAUGCUGUAACCUUAAGAAGCAGAUUCAGAUUGCACAGCUUUUUGGAGUUCCAGUUGUGGUUGCUCUAAAUGUCUUCAAGAGCGACACGCGGGCUGAGAUCGACUUGGUCUGUGAACUCGCAAAGCGGGCUGGAGCCGUUGAUGCUGUCCCCUGCCAUCACUGGUCCGUUGGUGGUAGAGGGUCAGUGGACUUGGCUCGUGCUGUGAUAGAAGCUGCAAACCAAGGAAGUCACUUCAGAUUCCUCUACGAUGUCCAACUUCCCAUUGUUGAAAAAAUAAGAACCAUUGCUCAGAAAGUCUAUGGAGCCCAAGAUAUUGAGCUUUCUCCUGAGGCACAAUAUAAAAUAGAGCGGUACACACAACAGGGUUUUGGAAAUUUGCCCAUCUGCAUGGCAAAAACCCACCUAUCUCUUUCUCAUGAGCCUGAGAAGAAAGGGGUCCCAACUGGUUUCAUUUUACCAAUUAAUGACGUCCGGGCCAGCAUUGGUGCUGGAUUCAUUUACCCAUUGAUUGGAACGAUGAGCACUAUGCCAGGACUACCUACUCGACCAUGCUUUUAUGAUAUAGAUCUCGACACUGAAACGGAACAGGUGAAAGGCUUGUUCUGAUAGAACUUGCAACCAUCAUGGAUGUCUGAAACAGGCCACUACUUCCCUUUUCACGGCAGUUCAAAAGGAUAAGUGGAUUUUGCAGAAUUUUGGCUGUUAUACAGUGCCGAAACCAUGGUGAAAUAGGCCAAAGAUUUCUUCUUAGUUCAAGAUGUCUCAUUUGGAACACAGCAGCAGUAUUCAGCAAAGCUGGACAGAAGAGCAAUUAAUUUAUUUUCUGUUUCUUUAAAAUUAACAUUUUUUCCUCUGCUUACUCUUAAGAAUAUUUGUUUUUAUAGACUGAAAGAUUAAAGGGUGCCAAUGCAAAGGUGUAACAUUUUCUUCUAUGGGUAUUUUUAUAUUGCCUUUGAACUGAAAAUAAAUGUGUCAAACAAGAUUAUAACACCAGGUAAAGUUCUACUUUUUAGAAGCAGCAAAUUACAUGUGCCAUUCAAGGCUACACUCUCACAUUUCCUGAGAUUUCUAUCUUUUAAGGAGUUUGAAGAGCUGACCAAAGUAAAUACAAGGUUUUUUUCUAGCUAUUUCUGGAAUUCUACUUAUUAUUAUAGAAUACUUUAAAAAAUCUUUUUAUAUUUCAGCCAUUUCUAGAUAUACCUUUCUCCUUCCUCUAUCUACAUCUCAAAUGAAACUUGUAAUAAAAAGAAAAACAUUUAAGCAAAACAACAUCCUGCUAUUUGACAACAUAAGUCACCAACUUUUCUUCUCUUCUCCAAGAUCAUGUUUAGUCAUUUUUAAUACAUAGCUUUUGACUUUGUUUUUAUCAUUAUGUUUAUUUACAUUAGUGUUUUUCUGGUUCUGCUUACUUCCCUAUGUGUGUUAAUACAAAUCUUCCUACAUUUCUCCAAACUUCUCAUUUAGCAUUUCUGAAAACUGUCAAAUAGUUUUAAGGUAUUUCAGACAUGAUUUAUUUUAUACCCAGUAUUUUUUCAAGGCAAAACUAAAAAAUGUUUAGGUCACUGAGGAUUUAUUUUGACUUCUUCCAUUCAUUUAUGAAAAAUCUGAGUAGUGUUUAAUCUAGUACAAGGUCCCUGGGGCAAAGAGAAGUGCAUUUUAAAGGUCAGGUGUCUGAUAAAUAUGUAUCUCCUUUUCCCACCCUCUCAAUUCUUGGGAGAUGAAUAACUAUCUUCCUUUCCUCAGCCUUCCCUCCUCCCCAAAAAUGUUUGACCCUUACUUCCUUUCAACUUCUUCCUUAAUGGAAUACAAAAUUUAAAUAAAACUGAGGUUUGGGGAAAGCACAAUAGUAAGCCAUUGUCCUCUUUGCAACAUAAGUAAUCACUACAAAUAGCUUAUUUUCCCCAAGGCGCAUUCUCCAAAAGUGCUCCAUGUGCAGAUCUUUCCUUCACUGACUUAGGCCACAACUUCCAGUGACCCUGGUCAUUCUUUCCUCAGCCUGUGUUGUAUCUUUGUGUAUCUUUGUAUAAAUUGUUCCAAAGCACUAAACAUUUAAUAAACCAGUCUUCUUUAAAAAAAAAAAAUCUUAUCCCAAAAUGAAUUCCUAUGGUUAGAACUCUGAAUCCUAAAGGCUCUGUCACAGUCACUAUCCUCUUUAUAGAGGUUCCUAAUUCUAAACACCAAAUAACCGAUCUUAAACUAUUUAUGAUUGUGAGAAAUUAGAGGGGAAAAAGAGAGCCUGGCAUAGUGGAUAAAGAACUAGGCUUACCAUCAGGAGGACCUAGGGUUUGAAUUCCUCCUCAGUAGUCUCUGAAACACACUAGCCAAGUGACCCUGGGCAAAUCCCUUAACCUUUCAAUGCUUUAGGCAACUCAAGACUGUAAGUUGCAGAUCUGUAUUAAAAAGGGAAUUUCCUUUA